UGCUCUAGCUCCUCGGACCUUGAUCAGUGGUGCUAAGGGUUUUCAUAAAACUCCCGUCAGUACCUCAUCUACCUGUCUUGGGGUGCGAAUGUUACCCAAACACGACGUCCGAUUUAUUGAUAAAGACAUGCCGUCCAAAUUGCUGGAUCGCGCUGACGCGACCGACGUCAUCGUUCAACCACCCCUUUCCCAAGCUGUGGGAUACGUUGUCGUCGUUGUCAUUGGGCUCGUGAUUGCCUUUGCCAUGGUCUUCAUCACAAAAGUGCUGAAACGCACUGUUGGGGAAGACAACAAGAAGACCGAGAUGUUCAUGACCGCCAAUCGAAGCGUAAGCACUGGAUUAACCUCGUCUGCUGUUGUGUCGUCCUGGCUCUGGUCAACUGCGAUGCUAGGCUCCAGUCUCGUGGGUUACAACUACGGCGUAUCCGGUCCGUUUUGGUUCGCAGCGGGAUGCUCCCCAAUGAUUGUGUUCUUUGCCGUACUGGGCAUUUCAUGUAAGAGAAAGAUUCCGGAAGCCCACACGCUGUUGGAAAUUGUACGGAUCCGGUACGGCACGACUGCGCACUUUGUCUAUAUGUUUCUGUGCUUGAUCAACAAUCUCUUCGCCGUUGCCAACAUGCUUCUAGGAGCGAGCGCUGCCAUCUCGGCUAUGACCGGAAUGCACGUUAUCGCGGCGACUUUUCUGUUGCCGGUAGGAGUCGCACUCUAUACGUUUGUGGGCGGGAUCAAGGCUACGUUCUUGACUGACUACGUACACACGUUCACCAUUGUCAUCAUUCUGUGCUACUUUAGCGUCAAGGCUUUCACAGUUGACGAAGUCGGUUCGCUCUCGAAAUUGUACGACUUGUUGAGAGCAGCCAGCGAGCGGCAUCCAGUCUCCGGCAACGAGGAAGGUAGCUUUUUGACUAUGACUUCGAAAGGUGGCAUUCUCUUUGGGAUUCUGCAUAUUGCGGCGAAUUUCGGCCUCGUUAUCAUGGACACGAGCUUCUUCAUCAAGGCUUUUUCAGCCAGCCCAGAGGCAGUCGUUCCGGGAUAUGUGGUCGGUGGCAUCGCUUAUUUUGCUAUCCCAUGGUGCAUGGGCACGCUCGCAAGCAGCGUGGUGUUGGGGCUCGAAAACAACCCGAUAUUCCCUACAUAUCCGAGGCGCAUGACGGACGCAGAAGUAUCGGGAGGUCUAGUUCUCCCGUACUUUGCCAUGACCAUAGCAGGGGAAGGCGGUGCGGCUGGCAUCCUUUUGAUAACAUUCAUGGCGGUGACCUCGACUCUCUCCGCGCAAGUGAUAGCCGUAUCUUCAAUCAUCUCUUUCGAUAUGUACCGCACUUACUGGAAGCCUACAGCAAGCGAUUCCGACGUGAUCCGCUGGUCGCACUACGGGGUCAUUUUCUUCGCUCUCUUCGCUUCCGCCUUCUCCACGAUGUUGCACUAUGUCGGCGUGGAUCUCGGAUGGACACUGUACAUGUUGGGUGUUAUCACCUGUCCAGGCAUCUUCCCAACAUCGUUCACCAUCCUCUGGCGCAGACAGUCCAAAGCCGCGGCCACCAUAUCCCCACUGCUGGGCAUGGCAACAGGUAUAGCAGUAUGGCUCGGCACCGCUUACGCACUUUACGGCAAUGUUUCGAUUGCAACCACGGGGGCAAUUGUGCCUUGCGUUUGGGGCACUGUUGCUAGCGCUAUUAGUCCGUUACCGUAUACCAUAUGCAUUACUCUAAUUAAACCAGAAGAUUUUGACUGGGCUGAGUUUCGCAAAGAGCGCCUGGCGUUUGGGGUCAUGUCUGCGUCUGGCGAGACGACCGUGGUUGGACGGUCUGCCGAUGCGGAAUCGCGAGAGGAUGCGGAAUCGGCUCAUUCGCAGCUGGCGCUCAAACGAUGGGGGCGUAUCGCCGCAAUUUGGGCAUUGGCCACGUUCCUUGGGCACUGGGUUCUUUGGCCACUACCCAUGUAUGCGAGUAAAUAUGUGUUUGGCAAAAGGUUCUUUGCGGCUUGGCUUGUGAUCGCCAUCAUCUGGCUCUGGGGUACCCUUUUCGUUGUUGGUUUGUAUCCCAUGGUUGACGGGCGAACCCAAUUAGCCGAGGUUUGGAGGGCUAUACGGGGCGGAGGCUGGCGAAAGGAUAGAGAUGGCAGGAUUAGCGAUGUGAGCAACAGUGAAGGCGACGGGCAGUCGACACCGAAUGUCAUUGUACCAGGGGAGAAGCGGGAUGCAUUUGAGGUCGCGGCAGGGUCUACCCCCCCAAGUCUCCCGCUUUGUCCAAAACCCCCCCAUUGGCGUUCCCCUCCAUCUUUCUACAUUCCCACGUUUUGCGACCACACUCCAGCUCGACACGUUGGCUUCACAUUGCCCUUGGCCAACAUGAGCACCACCGUCACAGUCACCGACCAGCCUCGGAUCACAGCUGAGAAUGUCCUGCGUCUCUUCCCCGAAGUCAACACCACCCUCAUUGGCGGGGAACACAACUCGGCCACCGACGACAAUGCGCUCGAGGGCUACGACGAGGAGCAGAUCCGCCUUAUGGACGAGGUUUGCAUAGUGCUGGACGACGACGACAUGCCCAUUGGUAGUGCGAGCAAGAAAGUCUGCCACCUGAUGGAGAACAUUGACAAGGGGCUGUUGCACCGCGCCUUUUCCGUCUUCCUUUUUGAUUCCCAGAACCGCCUUCUCCUCCAGCAGCGCGCGACCGAGAAAAUCACGUUCCCGGAUAUGUGGACAAACACUUGCUGCUCGCAUCCAUUGGGAAUACCUGGGGAGACUGGCGUAGGCCUGGAUGCCUCUGUGCAGGGCGUGCGCCGCGCGGCGCAGCGGAAGCUCGACCAGGAAUUGGGUAUCAAGACAGCACAGGUGCCCAUUGACGACUUCAAAUUCCUCACCAGGAUACACUACAAGUCACCCAGCGACGGCAAAUGGGGCGAGCACGAGAUCGACUACAUUCUUUUCAUCAAGGCGGAUGUGGAUCUCAACGUCAACCCAAACGAGGCUCGCGACUCCCGCUAUGUCUCCCAGGACGAUCUCAAGGCCAUGUUCAAGGAUCCGUCCCUGAAGUUCACCCCGUGGUUCAAGCUGAUUUGUGAGAGCAUGCUGUACGAGUGGUGGGACCAUCUUGACUCAGGGCUCGAAAAGUACAUGGGCGAGAAGGAGAUUCGACGAAUGUAA